AUGACAGCCAUGGGCUGCGUGGCACGCAAGGAUGGCGCCCCGCUGCUCCGCCGCCGAGUGGUCUCCACCGCCGCGCUCUACUUCCGCUGGUUCUACGCGGACGACGGCUUCGCGGGGGCGGACCCGCGCGCACUCUCCCUGGCCGCCCUCUUCCUCGCGUCCAAGGUGGAGGAGAUGCCGGUGCAUGCCAAGGGGCUGAUGCACACUGCAACGACGCUGGGGUCCAGCGGGCGAUGGCACGCGCCCGCCGCCCUGGCCGCCGUGUUGGCCGCCGAGGCCCAGCUGGUGGCCAAGGUCAACGUCGCGCUGCUGGUAUUCGAUCCCAUACCCUCGCUGCUGGAGGGUCUGACGGCGGCGGGCCUGCAGGCCAAUCAAGCCGUCACGCGCACUGCCUGGUGGGGUGUGGUGGAGGGGGGGGGGGCGUUGCUGAACGACUCGUACCUGAGCCGCUGCCACCUGCUGCACCCCCCGCACACCAUUGCCCUGGCAUGCAUCAUCUUGGCGGCCGGCGCGCACGGCAUCGACAUCGAGGAGUGGGUGGCGGGCCUGCAGGCCGACCACGCGCAGGUCUACGAGGUGGGGAGGAGCCUGCUGGGCACGCUGGCCGAGUGCAGCGCCACCAUCACCCCGGACACCUGCCUCCGGUACCUCGCCCUAUUGCGCCUCCCGGUCUCGCCAUGA